AUGUCAGAAGCUAAAAGGGUACCUUUGCAGACCUUGGAGUUUCCGGAGUCCUUGGGCUACGCCACAAAAAAGGAGAAAAAAGGGGAAAAGGGCAAACAGCUCGCGCCCUCCUUCCGCUUUACACUUACCCUGCCAGAGUCGAACGAGAAGGCAUGUCCUGAGUUCAACUAUGCACAACUCCUCAAAGCAGCCGAGAAAAAACGUAGGAAAGAAUUGAAACGGGGAGAUGAAAAUGCCAGCAAUGGAUUAUCUUUCGAUGACGAUGAUGAUGAUGAUAAACUUCGAGAUAUGGCAAGACGGUUUGAAGCGAAAUAUGGAACUUCUACUAUGGGCAGGAAACGACAUAAAUAUGAUGAUUAUGUGGAUUUGGGAGCUGGAUACGAUGAAAAUGAUUCUUUUAUCGACAAUACUGAUGCAUAUGAUGAAAUUGUACCAGAAGAGAUGACCACAGCACAUGGAGGAUUUUACAUUAACUGUGGAGCUCUUGAAUUUCGGACAACAGAUCGGCAUUUAUUGGUUCAUAAUAAUAACAAUAAUAAUAAUAAUAAUCAAAGCAAUGACGACGAAAGCAGUGAAAGUAGUGAAGAAGAUACAGAGGAUGUGGAUAGUCCAAAAAGAUCAGAAAAACGAAAUCUUAGUUCAUCAGAUGAAGAUGAUACUGAAGAUAUUACUGGUGAUCAACCAAGAAAUAAAAAACAAAAGAUAGAUGAAAAUGGUGAAAAGAAACAAAGUCAUGAAAAUAUUAUUAAAAAGAAGAAAAAACAAAAUUCUCAAGAUCAACAAAAUUUUCAACAAGAUAGAGAUACUUUAAGCAGACGGAAAGAGAAAGGAGAAACUACAGAUGCUGAAGUUUCAGAAGAUCAAGAAGAUAAAAAGAAAUCUGAUAAAAUAGAUACACAAAAAAAUAAAAAUACAUCAGAUAAAAAAUUUGAUAUAAAAAAAUUUGAAAAAAAGACGUCAAGUAGUAAUGGUUAUGAUACGAAAAAAUUAGAGCUAAAAAAAUUAGGUGGUAAAGAUAGUAACAUUGAUGAUGCAAUAGAAAGUGUAGUUAAUGCUGCAAGAGUUGAAGAUGAGUCAAGUAGAGAUACAACAGAUUCCGGUAAAUCUCGGUGUAUAGGUACAGAAUCAGAAUGUGAUGAUAUCGAUAAAGAAGAAGCACCAUUACCUGAUUCUCUUCCAGAAAAUAUUGUAGAAAUAGUUAAUAAAUUAAAAGCAUGUGCUGAAAACAAUAAAGAAGGAAAAGCUAAAUUUUUUAAUGCAGCAGUAAAUGCAUUAUUGUUGAGUUUAGAGAAAAAAUUGAGAGCACUUCCUUCUUCGAGUUUAAGAUUAGAAACAUAUGGUCAUCUCGCACGAUUUUUACCAUGUAGUAAAGUAGCACUUCAAAAUAGAGCAAAGAAAUUAUUUGUGCAGGAUGUGGAUUAUAAGACUAGAGAUCUUAUAAAAAGGCUAAAAACAGUGAUUGAUGAAAUAAUGCCAUCUGUAGUAUGCAAAUAUGUAGAUGAAUGUCAAAAAGUGGCUGAAGGAAAUCCUCAUUUAUACUGGGAUAUAUACCGGUACUGUUGGGAAAUAGAAGGAUCACCUGAAGAUGUUGAGAGUUCUGAUGACGAGGGUGUUUGUGAAGAUGCAGACAAAUCGAAAAUUCCUAGGAAGCGAUUUCCUUGGACUGAAGAAGCAAAAAAACUUGUUUCUGAAAUCGCAAGUAUAAAGAGUCAAUGUUACAAUGUUUUAAGACCAAGAAAAUUAGAUAUGUAUACUUAUGUUGGAUCUUUUAUGGUUCGUCAAGUAUUACCAUUAUGGCCACGUGGUUAUAUGACCACACAUGCUUUAUUAAAGUUUGUUGGUGAAGCUGAACCUACCACAAAAAAGAAAACAAAAAAAUUGAAAGAAGUUGGUAAUGGUAAUACUACCAGUUCAGAAAAUGUGAUCUACAGUUCUGCAAGAGUUGAAGCAUCAAAUAUAAGUGCUACUUUUUCACAAGAGAAAGUCUCAGGGGGUGCAUCUAAAAUCCAAAAUGUAACAGAAAAUUCUACUAGUUACAAACAAGGAACUACAAAAAGUGAUAGUAUAGAGAAAAAGCAACAUAGUAUAAAGAAUAAAGAUAAAACUAAAGACACUGGCAAUUCGGGACAAUAUCAUGAAAAUUCAACAGUUUUAUCUAAUAAUUCUAGUGUAGGUAAAAUUUCUGUUGUACCUACAGCUCAGUUAAUGGCUCAGAAACCUAUUAAAAAUCAAAUGGAAAAAAUUAAUUUAAUGGACCUAGUUAAUAGUUCUCUUUCUAUUACACCAGUUAAUGAUUUUCAUAAGUCAUCUACGAAAAUGAAUGAAAAUAAAAAGGAUGUAGUUUCUAUUACUGCUUACUCUGAAACUUCAAAUGUUCUUCCAAAUACAAAUGAAGUGCCUCAAAGUGGACAUCAUUCCGUACACAGACAGGAAGCUUCAUAUUCAUGUACACAAUCACAACAUUCUAAUUAUUCCACAUCAAAUCAAUCAUCUUCACUUUCAAAAACAGUAUCUCUAAAACAUAGAUUAUUGAAUGAAAAUACUGAUAUAAAGAAUGAUAAAAAACUAGAAGAUAAAGAUAUUGAUUUGGUUAAUAAGACUGAAAAAAGAGAUAAAAAACGGGAGCGAUGUGUUGAAAGUAAACACAAAUCACAUGAUGUUAAGAAAAAGAAAAAAGAUCAAAAGGUAUUAGAUAAACAAUUAGGAUAUGUUAAUUCGGAUGUAGUGCCUAUACAGCAACAGCAGCAACCAUCACUUACAAAAGAAGAACAAGAACAGAGACAAAAUGAAGAAACAAUUGCUGCUACUAAUUAUUUAAGUCAAAUUUUUAACGACGACGCAUCUUCAAGGGGAAUAUCUGAUAAACGAAAAGACGCCGGACUUAUUUUAGAUGAUUUAGUAAGUAAUGCGGUACAACCAUCAGAACAAGAAAAAGAUGUUCAAAUGGUGAUGAGAUCGUUAAAAGAAUUACAAGAAUUACAAGAAAUGAAAUACUCACCGAGUAAUUCACCAAUUAAUAGUAAUAUACAAAAAUCUAACAAAUCGAAUACACAAUGUGCUACUUAUCAAGAUGAAUAUUCACGCUUAUAUUUAAAAAAAGACGUUAAACUUAAAUCUAAAGAAGAAUCACAAUGGUAAUAUUAUCAGAUAGUGUACACUAUAGACAUAAAUUAUGUUAAACAGGAUGAAAAUGCCAGUGAACAGAUAAUAAUUUCAUAGAGACCUAUAGGCGGAUUUUUCAGUAGAUUUGUAUUAUUUUUGAUGAUAAAUUAGUGUGAAAUUGAUCAGAACUUCUUCCAUUAGUCGCGAUAUUAUGGACGACCAAAAUCAUAUGCAACUAAUAUAGCGUGCCGCGAUCACAUUGUAUCGCAAAUUUUUAAAUAUUUUAACAAACCGCCAAAUUGUGUAAAUAUAUUCAUUCGUAGUAAUUUGAAAAUGCGCAUGUACAAAGUAAGCGUAAAUUAUGGAAGUAUGUUAAUCGUAUAAACACUUGUAAAUAAGUUAACGUCCAUUCAUCGCUGUGAGUGGGGUGGUCUGAAAUUUUUUUAUUAUAAGCAUAUUGCUGUUUGACGAUUUUAAUAUAAGUCUAUCAACAAUAAUUAAAAGUCUUUGAUAUGUGAUAGAUCGCAUAUUAAUGUUUUAUAAAAAAAAUUUAGUUGUGAAGUGUUUUUCUUAAUUUUGCAUACUGCCAGAAUAUAAGAAGUGGAAUAAAAAAUUUAUUUUUUCACAAUAUCAUCUAAUAUAUAAUAAAUAUCUAACCACCCUAAAUCACAGAGCGAUAAAGAAUGUCUUGAACGGUGUUCCUUUUGCGCACGAACGGCUAUUAUGAUUUUAUGACAUCAUAAUAAAGAAUAAUGGUAAUGUGUGUGUGUGUAUAUUUUUUGGUAUGUAUUCGGAAAAUCUUUGCCUUCCAAAUUGUUAAUUUAUGACUUAUAAGUAAAUUAUCUCAUUUGCUUAUUAAAUAAAAUGGCAAAUUACUAUAGAUUUCGCGCAAUUUAUAAAAAGAAAAAAAAUAGUCAAACAUGUGUUUAAUAUUUAAUUGUCUAUUUUUAAAAGCCUUAGCUAGAACAAUUAUUAAAUUGUGUUUACAAAUUAUAACUUGUAUAAUUGGUAUGUAACUUCAUUCAACUUGUUGAUUUUAAUAAUCAGAAUGUAAGAGCGAAUGUGCGUGAAAGUACUGUUUUAGAAAGAGCUACGAUAUUUUUGGAACACGAAGAUGAUUAGUGAUUGUAUUAUAUACCACACCUUUUUCCCCUCUAAUCUUACCCAUAUGAUACUUAGAAUAUAAUUAAGCGUCUUGUAUAAUUCUUCAUUCGAGAAUUUCCACAAAGACGACUUAAAAUAUAAGUUUUGAAUAUUUUUUACAUUAUCGAUAUAUUUCUUACCUUACCUAUGUCCGAUAAGUAUAUUGUAGAUGUGCCUCCAACAACAUUUAAAAGUUGUAAAUAUUAUGUGAUAUACGUACGAAUAAUUUAUUUCAAGCUUUUUUUGUAUUAUUUGUAAGUUUUAACAUAUUAAAGGAAUUCUAAAAUAAUGAGUGUUUUAAACAGAAUAAAUAGAAAACAAAAAAAGAUGAAA